AUGAGCUUGACUUCUAAUUUGACAUAUGCGCUCGUUUUUGCAUGUCUCAUUGCCCAAUUAAUGCUGACUUAUCGAAUGCCGAUUGGUCCGAAUAAUUCACAAUCUUUGGACAUUGAAGCGAAGUCACUGAGUGCGAGCAAAUGCCACACUGAAAAUACUGCAAGAUUCGAAGAUGACAAUCAGAAAUUACCGAAUACCAUCUUUCUGGAUCCUCACCAGCCGUACCAACAUCCUUUGACGAACGAUCAUUUGCUUGGUAAAUAUUCAAAACACGAGGGCCAUGAAAUGGACGUGGUGGUCAUGGCGGCGCAUCCUGAUGCCACGCUGGCUGCUUGCAUUCACAAUCUGUAUCACUUGAAUGGUUUUCGUCGAUUCAUUUUUGUUGUCAACGAUGCAGCAGACAGUUGUCCGACGAUCUUCGAUCUGAUGCCACAGCACGACACCGACGAGUCUCCAAGAAAGCAUCACUGUCUUCAGCACACUAGCUUUUACACUAAAGCGGAACUCAAGUAUUUAUUUGACCCAAAUGGACCAUACGCAGCAAUCAUCGAAGGACCCCCUGAACUCAUCUUUCGGAAUGGCCAAUACGUAAAGAAUCCUCGAAUGGGCUGGUACCUACAGCAAUUUAGCAAGCUCAUGAUUCCUCGGCUGAUACCGGAUUUAUCGGAACACUUUCUAACUAUCGACGGAGACAUUAUGUUUACUAGACCAAAGCAGUUUGUCGUUGCCGGAUCCAACUCCUCAGAUCCACCAAAAUACGUCAUUCCAAAAACCAGAAUACCUCCUUUGCAAUGGAGUCGAUUUGUGAAUCUUACCUUUCCCGAUCUGGAAGCUAAAAAGAGCAAUUCAGAAAAUAACUACGUCGUUGGUUGGAUGAUGUUUGACCGCGACGUCACGGAAGAUAUCAUUGCGGCAAUUAACAAGAUUUUGAGUCGAAAGGGAUAUCCAGGAUCCUUUCCAUUUAAUGUAUUGCGGGUUGGCGAAGAGCUCAUCAAAACCAAUGAAUACUUUUCGGAGUAUUACACUUACGGACUCUUUGCGCUGAAUCACACCAAACCCCACGUUCCGAAUUACCACGGGAGACCACUGCGGAACACUGGAAUUCUUGACUCUUGCAUUUUGAAGCAAAGUGCUUACACGGAGGCACAGGAAAGCGAGAAACGACCGCCUUGGGCCAUUUGGGAAGAGCACAAGUACCUCAGUCAGAGUGCAUGUGUCGAACCUGAUAGCGUGUUCAAAUUUACUACGAUUGGAAUCAUACACGAUCAAGAAAAGAAGGACGAGACAAGUAAAUUUCUCUUGGAUCUUUCCAGCAGGCUAAGCAAACUCGGAAUGGACGUUAUUGUCAGUAAUGAUCAGAACGCAGAAAGUCUUGACAAGCUGUGGAACGCGUCACAGGUUGUACUUGCCGAAACGACCACAUUCUCCAGUCAUGGUGCAGUAUUGGAAGGGAAGAAAAGGGGAAAUCGAUUGGCCUUCAUCGAAUACAGGAAGGAAUCAUCAUCAAGUGCUAAGGAUGUCCAGAAUAAUGGCUCAAUUGGUCGUAUCAACAGACACGCAUGCACCACCAUUUUCUCAUCGCGGUCCUCCUUCACAAGUAUAAUAAUGGACUCUGGAGAAGACUACCAGAAUCCAAUACUCAUUCCGACUACGACGCCUGAAAAGAUGGACGAAUUGACAAGGGAAUAUCUGUCCAUCAUGCGAUGGUGCUUCUACAUGAGACACAAUCUACCAGAGCCAUAG